GAAAUGGAACUGAUUUUUUAUUAUCGUUUUGAUCAUCUUAAUAGUUAUAAAGUGAGGACUACCCGCUGAAGGGAAGUGUUUUAAACAUGAAGAGACCCCCGAGGCUGUUUCACAAACGUUGAGCUAACCGCAGCUGUUAACUUAUUUUACCCUGCUGGUGGGGAUUAGACUGGUUGCGCACAUCUAACGUUAGUGCUGUAACGUUAUACUUUACAAGGGCUGGGUCGCAGACAUGCACCCACCAUCUCGACAGGACUAUGUAGCUAUAAGCUUUGCUAGACAAGGAAGUGGAAGCUACAGUAACAGUAAGCAGUGGAGGAGGCAGUCCUGCUGGAGGAAAUGGAAGCAGCUGUCCAGGCUGCAGCGGAGCCUCAUCCUUUUCAUCCUCGUCCUCCUGUUUAUUUGUGGAAUUGCUUCCUAUCCUGCUGUAACUGAACACAUCAGAGGCCUUACAGAUGGCGAGCAAGACACAGACAGUAACAGCAUCCUGAGGCCUGUCAUCCCUCAUGUGCCACCUCUCAAACAGGGCCCACCACCACUGCCAGAACAACCCUCCCAGAGGAAAUUAUCCAAUAAGAGAGGACCACCUGUCCUUCAGAAUCGUCUUCAGAAGAAUGGAAACGUAUCAGAUACAGUGGUUGAAGAAAAGGCAGCGGGCAGCAAGAAAGAAGGGCCGGAGGGGGCCGUCAUCAGCUGGCGUGGGGCAGUGAUUGACAAUGACCAGGCCACACAAGGCUCCAAGGAUGGGGAAAGUAAGGAGGUUUCACCUGCUGACCAAAAGGCCAAAUCAUCAAAAGAGUCAGAAACUAGCAGGCCAGAGGCAGUGCGUGAAGCUUUCAGACAUGCAUGGAAGGGUUAUAAAGACUUUGCUUGGGGCCACGAUGAGCUCAGGCCGCUGUCUAAGUCCUACAGCGAGUGGUUUGGCCUGGGUUUGACGCUUAUUGAUGCCCUGGAUACCAUGUGGAUCCUGCAGCUUAAAGAAGAGUUUGAAGAAGCAAAGGCGUGGGUGGCCACAGAGCUCACAUUCAACAAGAAUGUAGAUGUCAACCUGUUUGAAAGCACCAUCCGCAUCCUGGGAGGCCUGCUGAGUACCUAUCACCUGACCGGCGACAUCCUGUUUCUAGACAAAGCUAAAGACAUAGGCUCCAGGCUGAUGCCAGCCUUCAACACCCCGUCCAAGAUCCCCUACUCUGAUGUGAAUAUCGGGAAAGGCACGGCCCACCCCCCUCGCUGGACUUCGGACAGCACUGUGGCCGAGGUUACAAGCAUCCAGCUGGAGUUUAGAGAGCUCAGCCGCCUCACCCAGGAACCACAGUACCAGGCUGCUGUGGCUGAGGUUAUGGAACAGGUCCACAAGCUGGACGGCAAGCUGGACGGUCUAGUGCCAAUGUUCAUCAACACAAACAAUGGACAGUUCACGCAUCAAGGCAUCUACACAUUGGGAGCCAGAGCAGACAGCUACUAUGAAUACCUGCUGAAACAGUGGAUACAGGGAGGCAAGAAGGAGAACCAGCUCUUGGAGGACUAUCUGCAGGCAAUCGAGGGUGUAAAGAAGAACCUGUUGCAGAAGUCUUCACCUAAUGGCCUCACCUUUGUUGGAGAGCUCUCCCAUGGACAGUUCAGCCCUAAAAUGGACCAUCUAGUGUGUUUCCUGCCAGGCACUCUGGCACUUGGUGCCUACAACGGUCUGCCUACCGAUCACAUGGAUCUGGCCAAACAGAUGAUGGAGACCUGUUACCAGAUGUAUGUCAAGAUGGAGACGGGCCUCAGUCCAGAGAUCGUCCACUUCAACAUGCAUCAGGGCAGCACCCGAGACAUCGACGUGAAGCUUGCGGACAGACACAACCUCCUGCGACCAGAGACAGUUGAGAGUCUCUUCUACCUGUACAGGUUCACCAAGGACCACAAGUACCAGGACUGGGGCUGGGAGAUUCUCCAAAACUUUAACAAAUACACCAAGGUUUCCUCUGGUGGUUACACCUCCAUCAAUAAUGUGCGAGACCCAGACUACCCAAGUCCCCGAGACAAGAUGGAGAGCUUCUUCCUGGGAGAAACCCUGAAAUAUCUGUACCUGCUAUUCUCAGAUGACCCCAACCUCAUUAGCCUCGACCAGUAUGUAUUCAACACUGAGGCUCACCCCCUGCCUAUAUGGCCUUCCACUGCGUGAGACACGCGCGCACACACACGAAUUCCAGUGGUAGAUAAAACUGUGUAUAAACAAGACAAAUAUCUCAGGGUUGGUUUAAUACCAAGAGAAUUCCUUCGUCUUCAGUUUCAGUAACUGAAUAUUGUGAUAAAACAACAACCUUGACGGGAAAAAAAGCCUACUUUUCACUGAUCGAAUCAACUGUUCGCUAUGAGCUGAUGACAGGAGCCUGGUUCAGUUCGUGGUUUGUUUAUUUAUUUGCCUGGUGGAUUUCAUUGCGUGGUUUCGUAGUGAGUUUAUACUGGAAGCAGAGGAAGGUUUCUGUCCUGACUGCCCAUCAGCAGUAAAGAAAAACCUGAUUGUGACUGAACUGAAGAUUUCUCAGUCUCAUGUUCCCGGGAUGAGGAGGAGUGUCGGGUUGGACUGAUAGGUGUUUGAAAGCUUAUACUGAUAUUUUCAGUUGAAGGUUUUGAGCUUUUGCAGUUGUAUUCUUAUUAAAGUGUAAAUGCUUCUGAAACUGCAUCUAAACGUUUAUGAAACAAAGCCAAUAUCUGCCCCUGUGGUCUGACCCCAGAGCUGGGAAUGACCGCAGGCUGGCUGCCUUCGUAGCAAAUCGUUUCCUGACAGCAGCCACCAGCUGUCUGAACUAAAACCAACCCCUGCCUGCUGCAUCUACAGCCUGACCGCUCCGCUGACAUGUCUGUACAUAGGUGUGACUUUUGCAGGGAUAUGAGAAAAAGCUAAUUACUCAUCACACUGUGUGUAAUAUAGUCAACAAGGGCUCUGGCUCUGAAUCCUCAAAUGUCCUCUUUCUUAUGCUGUCCAUGUAUUUGCUGUCCUGCUGCGUUCAUGUCAUAUAGGAAAUAUGACUUUACAAUGAAAUAUCUCUGUUUAGCAGUGCUGGGAGCAGCCUUCAGAUCCUUUACUUAAGUAAAAGUACAGAAAUAUUUCUGCCAAAUAUAUUAAAAGUGAAAGUACUCAUGGCUCCAUAUGAAGGACCGAAUUAUUGUCUUCAACCUGGAAACCCAAAAGCUGUAUAUAAGGGGGCAAUUAUUAGCUGUGUUAUUCAGUGUGCAGGGAAGACAUGGCAAAUGAAUUGGUGAAUUCUUGAGGCACAAUUUAAAUUUUCCAUUUUCACCAGUUAUCUAAGAUGUCUUAGUAAAUGCUUUAAUAAAUCCAUUAAUUACAAUGUAUGAACCCUUUUUUAAUAUCCCUAAUAAGACAUACUUUAGUGGUACCCAACAUUUUAAUAUUGCAUCCAGUGGAGCUGACCUACUUUCAAAUGCUGUGCAGUUUUUGUAACAACGCAUCAUAUUUUAUAAGUUUUAUAGUAUGUUUGUCUUGCAUGUAAAAUCUUAAUCUGAAAAGUAAGCAGUAACUCCAGAGGAGAGAGAAAUGUACAUUUUCCCCUUAAUUAACUGUAGAGGUAGCCUGGCAUUAGACUGGAACCUCUCCGUUCAUUUAAAAUUUCCAAGGGGCGUUAUCGAUGGGCACAGACCAAAAUGCCUCUGGACGCAAUUCAAUAGACCUACAACCAAUCAGUAACAAAUGUGGUCAAAUUAUGGUAAACAGUACACUAAAAUGUUUCUGAAAACAUUUGAGGAAGGAAAGUAGGCAAUGCAGUAACAGAAUCUUUAUUCAUAUGCCAGUUUGUGUUGGAUACCGGUCCAGCCCUACAACCAAUCAGAGCAGAGAAACGUGACUUUUCUUAAAUCUUUUUCUAGCAUUGCUUUAAUUCAAAACUUGAAAAUGCAUAAUAAUAAAUCUUUAUUUAAUCAUGGUCUAUCAGGUAUUCGCCACAAACACAGCAAUCAUAUAGUACUAUUUUUGACAGUAAAAAAAAGUGUAUUUUUAAACUAGUUAUCUUGGUGAGUUCUCAUAACUACACAUAACAAAUGAUACAGAACAUCCGUUAUGAAAAGAAUAUCGGCCAAUGUUUCAGAUUUUAAAACCCUCAAGUAUCAAAAUCGUUAUCAAUCUUAAAAAUCCCCCUUCGGUCGGGCCAUAGUUGCUAUUCAGUUAAACUCAGUUUAUUCCCACUGACAUGAACGCAGCAUCAGAUGAUCAUGGUUUGAUGAUUCCAGAUGUAGUUAUGAACUGUGAAGCUUUUGUUUUGAGGCCACCCCCAUGGGUUCAUGUGUCUGUGCUGAGCAGCUGCUCCUUAAUGUUUGCGUCUUUAUAAUUUUGCCAUUUUCCUGGUGUAGAGUACAUUUGCUUUCCUUUCAAGAAAUGAAUUCUUUUUAAAUAUAAAUCUAGCAUAAUAUAUUGAUUUGUAGUGUAUAAUUGCAGCUACCUGAAUACAGUGAGCUCUCUUGUGCAUUUGUUUUUUGUAGCCACAGCUUGCAGUCAUUCAUGUAAAUAUUACUAGUUUACGUAUAGCUCUACUUGUAGGUGUUUUUUAAGAAUUUGUAUUGAGACCAAGCUCAUGCUGUACAUUCUUUGUAGUGUUUUCUUGUCUCACUUAUGCCUUUUUAACGUUGCUUCAGACAACUGUCCGUUCGUUUCCAUUUCUAUCCAUUCCAGAGAUUUGUACAUGUGCAUACAUUUCCUACAGUAUAAGGUUACUCUGAUCACUGCUUUUACAGUAGAACAGUGAAAUAAGGAUUGAUAUUUUAGAGAAAUUAGGUUUACAUAAUGCUCAUCUCUACCAGAGUGUGCAUUUAAAUCCUGCCUACAAGGGCUCUGUGUGGUCCCUCCCUGGAUGUAUUUCAGCAGUAUUUUUGAGCCAAAGAUAUGUUGAAAAUCUAAUCGGCCCUGUGGUUUGCUUUGUAUGGGCUUUCACCAUGAAAAGCCAUUUCUCCAAAGCCGCCUCUUUCAGGAAAACACAAAGGAGAUAUUUUUUGUGCUUUUGAUAACAAUUUCGCUAGUGAGAGUUUUGAAGGCUAACACUACUAUAUUUAGACUUAAGUGACUGAUUCACUUAUAGUUUAGUCAAAGCCACCAAGCAGACUGCUUUUAAUAGGAGGCUGCACACAGAGACAUCAUUAUUUAGUCUUCAUGAUCAGUGCAUAAAACUUUGGUUUUCAUCAUAAAGUAAUUUACAGUGGCCACCAGAAUGUAAAGUGGCAAAAGUGUACUUUUGCCAGAAUAGAAAGAUUCAAACGUCAUGUAGACCAUCAUAUCAAGUGCAAGAGAAAUACAGCAUUUAUAAACUUAACUCACAUAGCUGAAAAGUUAAAAGCUCCAUCUUGGAGCAGCUGGUAUAGUUGGGAGGAUUACUCCUUCAUUUACAGGGCUCCAAAUGAAUUAUGGGUACUGAAUUAUUUUUUUUUCCAGGGCUUAAGAAGUUUGUUACUGUGUGAACAAACACUGCCUAUUAUUUUGGGUUACUGUCAUAGACAAACAUGUUAAAACUAGAGCCCAACCGAUAUGAGGUAAUUGCAGAUAACUUGGUAUGUCCGUUUUUGCCAGUAAAUGACAAUCAUCAUAAUAAUGUUGAGUGUUGUCGUAGCAUAGUUUGUCCAGGAGAAGGCACUCUGCAACUCCCUGUUGGCACACCACGAAUCUACCACAAAACACAGCGGACAAAAUCAACUGUACUUUUGUUCAAAGUAGUAUAUAUAACAGUAAAAAAAAAUUUUAAACUUUUUUUUUUAAACAGUUAUCUUGGUGAGGUCAAAAUCUGUAUCGGUCGGGCUUCAGUUAAAACGUUUUGGUCUUGAAGCAUUUGCAAAUACUGAUGCAAUUACAUAUGAACAUGUUCACGUUAUUAGAUUUACUGUAAAUAGAAGAUGGUGUUAGUGAGAGAAAUGUUUACAGAAAUACUGAAACCACUCAUGCAGCAUAAUCAUCCUCACCUGACUGCUCAGUGUGUUCCAAACUGCCACAGUUUUACCCAAAUAGUCUUUACACAGCUUGUGACAGGUUCGAAGAGGCUGACAGACAAAACCAGUCACCAUUAGAAUCCAAUGAAAGUGGGUCUAAGCUGGAUAUGCCUGUUUGGGGAUGUCUGAUACUUAAAGAAUAUCUUUAGUGUAGUGUCUUCAGCUUUACUGUGCUGAGGUGUUGACAGACCAGAAUCUCUCCUGGAGACUUUCUGAAAAGUAGAAAUCAGAAUCCAGUAAAUGUUUCAAAGACAUUGUUACAAACUGCAGUUUGUCUGUGUCAGACCUGACAUGUCCUACAUCAGUCUGAAGUCUGGUGGGGUUUUUUUUU